UUAUUUUUAUUUUACCUUGUUAGUUUUUAUGUAUUUUCAUUAAUAGACGGAAGGAUGCAAGCACUUUAGGAAAAACGUAACUGCCGUAAUACAUGCACCACUAAAACCUCUUAGAGCAUGAAGUUUAAAUAAAAAUUGUCGGGUUUUUAUUACUGCCAGGUACCUACGAAGUGUCUAUACUGAAUAAUUAUACUUAUUUAUAUAAUGCAAGUAUAUAAAUUGGGAUCGUUUACCACAAAUACACAUUUAUUUUAUGUUAUUUAUUGAAGAGUACAUGCAAUGACAUCAUGCUACGGUGGCACCUGCCUGACUCCAACCACGGGAGCGGCUCCAAUGACCUUUGCAACGGCCUUGCAAUACUUCGCGGCGGCACAGUGCCUUCUGCCACGUGAACCACUGCCUGAAGCCCAAGUUAACGAUGACGAUGACUUCGAUUUCAUAGUAGUAGGAGCUGGUUCAGCUGGAAGUGUCGUCGCGAGCCGGCUGAGUGAAAACCCGAACUGGAAUAUACUCCUUCUAGAAGCAGGGGGAGACGCUCCCCUUGAAUCCGAUAUUCCAGGCUUAGAAGGUGCCUUAUUUGGUACGGAAUAUGACUGGCACUAUUUAACCGUCAAUGAUGGAGUAACCAGCCAAGCUCUUAUAAAUGGAUCCGUGGGCUGGAACAGGGGCAAAAUGUUCGGUGGCUGCAGUAGCAUUAAUGGCAUGAUUUACCUCAAAGGCGAUGACCAAAUUUUCCAAACAUGGUACAAUUUAGGAAACAAAGAGUGGAGUGUAGAUCAAGUACGGAAAUACUUUAAGAAAGCAGAGAAUCUUCAAAAUCAGGAGAUGUUAAAAAAUCCUACAAUUAGUGAUCAAUAUGGUCAUAGUGGUCCAUUAGUCAUAAAUAAAUUUAAUAGUACUUACAGUGACUACAUACAAAAUGUUAUUGAUUCCUGGGAUGAAAUUGGGUUUAGAAGAGUAAAUGACCUGAAUAUAGAAAACUUCAUGGCUUCAGGAACCGUUACGGCAACAGCAGCAGAUGGCAUCAGACAAGGCACCGACAAAGCUUAUUUAGAACCGGCAGCAAAUCGGCCUAACCUGAAAAUACUGAAAAAGACUUUAGUUUCGAAAAUUGUGAUAGAUAAUCUAAAAGCAAGUGGUGUAGAAGUAGAAAAAGACGGUAAAAAAAUUAAACUUAAGGCAUCUCGAGAAGUUGUAUUAAGUGCUGGUACCAUUGAAUCACCAAAAUUGCUUAUGUUAUCUGGUAUUGGUCCUGCAAAACAUCUUCAAGACAACGAUAUAACUUGCCUUGUUGAUUCUCCUAUGGUGGGGCAAAACCUUCAAGAUCAUUGUUUAGUACCCAUAAUAAUUUAUGGAAAUGAACCGAAAGAAACAGAUCCUACUGACAUGUAUCACAGUCACAUAGAUUAUCUUGCUUAUCGGAAAGGUCUUUUAUCUCACAGUGAUUUAGUAACAGAUGCAUUAUCUGUUUACACUACAGAAACAAACACAACUUAUUCAAACGUCCAAAAUAUUUUAUCUAUUCUCCCAAAGAACUUGGAUACAAUAAAAGAUACUUUCAUGUCUGCGUUCCGGUAUAACGAGUCAGUAGUUGAUUCUAUAGUCGAAUUGAACAAAGAUUAUGGAACAUAUUUCUUUCUUUUCAGUAUUCUUAAACCAUACUCUUCAGGAAAUAUCUCACUGAGCUCUAGUGACCCCAAAGAUAAACCCCUAAUAUUUCCAAAUUAUUUCAAAGACCCAAGAGAUUUAGCCGUUGCUGCAGCAGGGAUAAAAAUGGCUACCAAAAUACUUGAUACCGAUUAUUUUAAAUCUAUCGGGGGUUUUCUAGGCAGAAUGAAUGUGCCUGAAUGUGAUCAAUUUGAGCUGGAUAGUGAAGACUACUGGAAAUGUAUCAGUAAAAACUUAGUAACCACAAUUUUCCAUCCAGUAAGGACUUCUCAGAUGGGACAGUGUAUAAGUUCCUCGGUGGUAGACAGCCGUUUGAGAGUUCACGGAGUGAAAAAUCUGCGAAUAAUAGACGCAGGUGUGUUGCCCACAACCGUCAACGGUAACUUGAAUGCUGUUAUAAUCAUGAUUGGAGAAAGGGGAUCUGAUCUAAUAAAAGAGGACCAUAAAAACGAAGAAUUCUAGAUCUUUUUCUGAGAGCCAUUUUAAACUUCAACGUUAUCAAGCGAUAUAAUGAUUUAAGUCGAAUGUUUGUUAACUAAAGCCACUCUUAACUGCCUGUGUUUUAUUUUGCUUAAAGAUGUUGA